AUGUCGCUGCCCCCCGACGCCUGCUUUGGCUCCUUUUCAAUCGCUCCCCUCUCCUCUCCCGGAGCCCUCCCACUGCUGGGGGAAUCUGCCGGACGCCGCCGCCUCCCCUGGGGCGCCGCGCCUGCCUCCGCCUCGGGCGGGCUGUUGUCUAGCCCUGGGGGUCCGUUUCUCUCCCUUCCAGCCCUGAGCCCUCUGUGGCAGGGGAAGCGGGAGGAAACGACUGGGACAGGAAGGGAGGACCCACCACCACCGCCGGGAGCACGCGGGAAGGCACUGCCCCAGCUGCGGAGGCUGGCGGUGUGCGACCUCUCCGAGCCGCUCUGCCCCUUUUCCUCUUAUCCUUCCCCCUCCCCAGCCCGGCCUCCGCUUUCUCCUCCCAGACCCACAGAUCCUCGCCGAUUAACCCUCCCCGGUGCUCCUGGGGGGUCGCCGCUUGCUUCCCCCGCAGGGUUUAUUCCUCCCCCACGCCCCCGCUACAUGCUGAAUCAACAUUUACAAAUACCGGCAGCCCCUGGCAGGCGGGGGAGGUGGUCCCGACCCCCGCCCCGGAGCCAAAUAGAGGUCUGUUUAUAUUUCCUCUACUGUGAAGGUUCUCCUCGUCCCUGCUGCCUCUUUCACUACAAUUUUGUCACUGGAGUUCCCCACUCCUCCCGGGGACCCACAGCUCCCUGCCAGCCUGCAGAGAUCCCCGCAGAAUCAACUUUUCCUGAAAUGAAAAGAUUUUUCCCUGGCAGUUUCUGGGAACCUUUGAAUGCUGCUUUUUCCUUGGGCUGCAGUGACACCUAGUGCUCACACCCUUGAACACGGUGUGAGCUGGGAGAGCUGUGCACAGAGCAGCCCGUGCUUUUUGGCUUGCUGGGUUUCGGGUAUUUUCUCGUUAUUAGGCAAUGCCAAACAGUGUCAGCUUCGUUGAUGCAGUCAGACCACUGUAUUUACAGCAGCUUGGGCCUGCGGGGCAGGGACUGGGAGUACCUGCAAUGGGAACUUGUGUAUGACAGUCUCUGUUGAGGGAGUGCUGGACUAAGGGGGUCAAGGCAACAGCAACUUUGUCUCACA